UUUUAAUCUUUAUAUUUUUAUACUACUAUAAUCUUUACUAGCAUAAAGAUUGUGGUAGACUCCGGCGUUGUUCGUGUGUCAAAGUUGGAGACCGGACGCUUGAACGGUUACGUUUGCACUUUCAACGCUCUUCCUACGACUUCUUCGUUUUUACAGCUUACGGAGAAAGAAGCCAAUCUGACCGGUCAAACUUGGUCGGGGCGGAUGACCACUGGAUGCAUGAUCUGAUGGAAUAUCUGAUGCACGGGACCUUGCCGGAACAGGAUGACCGGGCAAGAAAAGUAAAGCUCAGGGCACCCCGGUUUCAAGUCCUUGACGGAAAGCUAUACAAGAGGGCGUUCGGGGGACCCCUCCUGAGGUGCCUAACCAACCGGGAGGCUGAGCGAGACAUAGCAGAAGUCCACGAAGGUGUAUGCGCGGCGCAUCAAAUGUCGCGAACCCUCUCACAGCGAAUCAUCUUGUUGGGGUAUUACUGGCCAACAGUUGUCCAGGACUGUGAGAGGCUACCCAUUGAAGCUGAAUUCCCAACGUUUCGGGAGUCAAAUUAUCAGCCCCAGCAAAAUGAAGAAGACCACUUGGCUGAGCUCAACUUGGUCGAGGAAAGAAGAAUGGCUGCGGAGGUCAAAAUGAGCACAUACCAACAAGUUGUGAAGAAGUACCACGACAACAAGGUUGGACCGCGUUACUUCCAAGCCGAUGAUGAAGUCCUGCGGAGAAGGGAGGCUAGUAGACCGGGAGACGGAGGAAAGCUAGCCAAGAACUGGGAAGGACCUUACCGGGUGAAGGCUAUUAUUCGCCCGGGAACCUACCGGUUGGAGACCCUGGACGGUGUACCGGUGGAGCGAACCUGGAAUUCCCACCAUCUUCGCAAGUUCUACAAAUGAUUGUAAUACUAGGCAAGGCCUACUUUAUUAUCAAUCAAAUCGAUGACGUUCAAUACUCUACAUGGUAGCAGCAGAAUCGAUAGGUCGAACCUAUCCUAGGAGGGCUUCCCGGAUGGAUCGGAUCCACUUGGAAAAGCCAAGUGAGACACAGGCCCGGACCUGGCACGCUGGUUACUACACCGGUCUUGCUCAGUAUAAUAGAAAAAAUAUAAAACCCGGAAGAGGGGCCCGGAAGAGGGUAUGCCUG